UGCCCCGCGCGCUGCCGCCUCGGCUCUGCUUACCGGGGCGGGGCGGGCUGGGCUCCUCCUCCUCCUCCUCCUCCUGCCUGCGCCUGCCUGCCUGCCUGCCUGUUUUCUCCGCCGACCAUGCCGCUGGAUCACCGCCGCGUGCGGGGCCCGGAGGAGUCGCAGCCACCGGAGGUGUGGGCAGCGGUCGGGAGAGCCGGGGAGGAGGAGGAAGAGGAGGAUGCGAUACCGCGGGAUCCCUGCGCCCUGCGACCUGUCUUUGCCCGGGCCGGGCUGCUGAGCCAGGCUGAGGGCUCGGCCUACGUGGAGCUGGGUGGCGGUACUAAGGUGCUGUGCGCGGCCUGGGGCCCGCGGGAAGCGGCCGAGCCCGGCGCGGCGGCGGCGGCGGCGGCGGCGGCGGGAGGAGGCCGGCUGCUCUGCGAGUUCCGCCGAGCUCCCUUCGCCGGGCGCGGAGCACGGUGGCGUCCGGGCUCGGUGACGGAGCGGGAAGCGGAGCGGGAAGCAGCGGCUGCAUUGCGGGAAGCGCUGGAACCGGCGGUGCGGUUAGUCCGGUACCCGCGGGCUCGUCUGACAGUCAGCGCCUUGCUGCUGCAGGACGGUGGUUCCGCGCUGGCCGCCGCCAUCAGCGCUGCGGCCUUGGCCUUGGCUGAUGCCGGGGUGGAGAUGUACGAUCUGGCGGUGGGUUGCGCCCUGUGCCGGUCCUCCGGUCCCACCGCCGCUUGGAUGCUGCAACCCGGUGAACCCGAGGAACGUCGUGCCGUCGCCCGGCUCACCGUGGCUCUGCUGCCCGCUCUCAACCAGGUGUCGGCGGUGCUGGGCAGCGGGCAGGGCAGCCCUCCCGACGCCUGGGUGCAGGCGCUGCGCCUCGGCCUCGACGGCUGCCACCGCCUCUAUCCCGUGCUGCGGCAGAGCCUGCUGCGGGCCACCCAACGCCGCAAUGCCGCCACUGCUGCCACCACUGCCUGAGCAUUGAUGAUGCCCGGGUGGCCCCAGUCUGGGGAUGGGGUCAUUUCCUAGAGCCCAUCCAUGCUGCCCUCGGUGCUGUCAGAGACCCCUGGAGCCUGCCUGAUCCACACGGAGCCUGCCCAAGCCAGCGCUCGAGCUGCCAGAGACCCCCCCGGAGCUGCCCGCACAGAUGGAGGCCCAAGAAACCUGCCCGAGGACACUAGCUUUCCUCCCCACCUGCUGCCAGAGCGCCCUCAAAGCAGCCUCCACACUGCCUGAGCACCCCGGAGCCUGCCUGAGGAGCCCCUGUGUCACAGGAGACCCCCUCCCGAGUGGCUCCGCAGGACCCAAGCAGCCUCGCACACUGCUGGAGCCCCCCAAGAACAGCCUCCGUACUGCUUCAGCUGCCAGAGCCUGCCUGCGUCAGGCCCCCGCUGCCGGACCCUGCCUGAGACCUCCCUCCAGGCAGCUGCCUGCAGUGUGGGACCCCCACACCCCACCCCGGGGUGGCCCCAGCACCAGGGCCGAGACCCUCACACCAAGCUGCCCACCACAACCAUCCGUGCAGGCAGGGUCCAGGCAGCACUGGGCAGGAACCACGUCGUGGCACAGACUGCGCAUCCCUUGGACCUCCUGCCCAGGCAAGCGCUUCAGGGUGGCAGAGAUGUGUUUUGUUGCGUUUUUUUUUAUAAUAAAUCAGUUUUUUCUGGUGA